AUGUUUUGACAUUCACCAACAAGCACAUUCGAAGUAAAGAUGACCCCCUUCCCAACACUUUUCCUGUCACUAUUCACCCUACUCUCCACUUCCUCACCCGGACUAGUACUUUCCCAACAAGCUGGAUGCGAUCCGCCGCAACGUCCCCGGCCUUUCCCACGUGUCCGCCCCCGCCCGCCGCUCUACCCGCCGGGCCUAAACCUACUGCCGACCCAACCACCAAACAACCCCGGACCCCUGGCCAACAGGGCUAGAAUCCUCUUCAUCACCCAAGAGCUCAAGCGCAACAUUACCUACGACCCUUUCAACUACACCGGUACAUGGGUGGGCAACAACUACUGCCUCUUCAAGGGCUACUACUGCGACACCGUCCCCGACCUCAACAUCACCGGUCUCGCAAGCAUUGACUUCAACGGCGCCAGAUUCGGAGGCCGUUUCCUCAACUUCUACCGCUAUAGCCGAAACUUACCCGACAUCGCCCUCUUCCACGCCAACUCCAACAACUUCUCCGGCGUCAUCAACCGCAACAUCAACCAGCUUCGUUAUCUCUACGAGCUCGACCUCAGCAACAACAGGUUCCUCGGAGCCUUCCCUUUCUACGUCCUCGGAGCCACCAACCUGACCUUCGUCGACCUCCGGUUCAACCGCUACGCCGGCGGGGUUCCAACUCAGCUUUUCAACAUUGACACCGAUGUCCUUUUCAUCAACAACAACGGCUUCGCCAACACAAUCCCCACCAACUUCGGCAACACCCCCGCCAGCUACCUCACCCUCGCAAACAACAACUUUUCCGGAACGAUCCCGACCAGCAUCGGUCGUGCCUGGAACACCCUAAAGGAGGUUGUGUUCCUCAACAACCGGCUCACCGGUUGUCUCCCUUACGAGAUCGGGUUUUUGGGCCAGGCCACGGUGUUCGACGUUGGCGGGAACCUCUUGACCGGCCCAAUACCGCAGUCGUUUGGAUGUUUGAGGAAUUUGCAGUACUUGAACUUGGCUCACAAUCAGCUUUACGGCCUAAUUCCGGAGUCGCUGUGUAGGCUGCCGAAUGCUUAUAACUUUACGUUGUCGUAUAACUUCUUUACGCAAGUUGGGGUGCAAUGUAGGAGGCUGAUUAGGGCUGGGACGCUCAAUGUCCGAAGGAACUGCAUAUUGGGACUUCCCGACCAGAAAUCGACGGCUGAGUGUGGUCGUUUCUUUUCUAGGGCUAGGACUUGCCCGCGUGAGAAUACAUUCAGCAUUGUUACCUGCAAUAUCUCUGCCACGGCGUCGUUGGUGGAUGCUCGGAAACUUGAGGAGAUUGCCGCCCCUCCGCCGCCGCGGACCUAUGCUGUGCUAGAGAAGGAUCACCACUGAUUGUGAUAUCUAUUGGUGUUACGUGCUAUGUUUAAGUGAAUAAGCUGUCGUACAUACGUGCGGUAUAUUUUCAAUUAUCAGAAAAAACAGGGAGAUUUCCUGUUGUUCACUACAAGGGUUGUAUUAUAUUUCCUAAUAGUCGUAAAGAAACACUUCCGCUUGCUGGGCCAAAAUGUGUGUGUUGUAGACUUGUCUUCAUUUGACCACAACUUUGAGCUGGACGAUCUUCGGCCCCGUGUACUAAUAUUUCUGUGCGUUCAAAUUGUUCUUUUUUCCCAAUGGAAUAAAUGUGGUAACGAGGUAAUAAUUGAUGUUU